UCUAAUAAAACCCGAUGCUAAGUACUUAUGGCCAACAGUCACGGCUGGGACAUUCGCAGGCUUAGAUCCUCCUAAUUAAUAACAGUGUUUACUUAGGAUUCGUUAUAGUGUUUUUUUAUAACUACCAUAAUCAUAACACAUAAAAGAAAUAUCUUGAUAAUAACGAAAAUGCAACUUAAGUCGGCCAGUUUGCUGGGAACGCUAUUAGGCGGUAUCCUAUUAUUGUUGUUCGUGGAUUGCGGUUAUGCUGCUUAUAAACUACAGGAGCGCUACAGUUGGAAUCAAUUGGACUUUGCUUUUCCCAAUCAAAGAUUAAAGGAGGAAGCUUUAGCUGUUGGGGAUUAUAUUCCACAAAAUGCACUUCCUGUAGGAGUUGAACAUUGGGGCAAUAAGUUGUUUGUUACUAUUCCCAGAUGGAGAGAUGGCAUUCCAGCAACACUAACAUACAUUAACAUGGACCAUAGUGUGACGGGAUCACCAGAACUGAUUCCAUAUCCAGAUUGGAGAAGCAACACAGCAGGUGAUUGCGCCAACAGCUUGACCACCGUUUAUCGUAUCAAAGUCGAUGAGUGCGGACGCUUAUGGGUGCUAGACACUGGAACUUUAGGAAUUGGCAACACAACAACUAAUCCCUGCCCAUAUGCGGUUAAUAUAUACGACUUGGCGACAAACACACGCAUCCGUCGCUAUGAAUUGCGUCCCGAAGAUACCAAUGCCAAUACUUUCAUUGCAAGCAUAGCCGUGGAUGUGGGAAAGAACUGUGAUGAUGCGUUUGCUUACUUCUCCGAUGAGUUGGGUUAUGGUCUGGUGGUGUAUUCUUGGGAGCAGAACAAAUCGUGGAGAUUCUCAUCGCACAGCUACUUCUUCCCAGAUCCCCUCCGAGGAGAUUACAACAUUGCCGGUCUGAACUUCCAAUGGGGAGAAGAGGGAAUCUUUGGAAUGGCUUUGUCUCCGAUUCGGUCAGAUGGCUUCCGAACAAUGUACUUCAGUCCUUUGGCAAGUCAUAGAGAAUUCGCGGUAUCUACUCGCAUUCUGCGCGACGAAAGUCGAGUUGAGGACAGCUACCAUGACUUUGUGCCCCUAGAUGAGCGUGGUCCCAACAGUCACACCACGUCACGAGUCAUGAGCGACGAUGGUGUUAUGUUAUUCAAUUUGAUUGACCAGAAUGCUGUGGGAUGCUGGCAUUCCUCGAUGCCUUAUUCACCACAGUUCCAUGGCAUCGUGGAUCGUGAUGAUGUGGGCCUCGUAUUCCCUGCUGACGUCAAGAUUGACGAGAACAAAAACGUAUGGGUGCUCUCCGAUAGAAUGCCUGUUUUCCUGCUCUCCGAUCUUGACUAUAAUGACGUGAAUUUCCGAAUCUAUUCAGCUCCAUUCCAAAGUCUGAUCGAAGGCACUAUUUGUGAUUUGAGAAGCAAUGCCUAUGGCCCAUCGAACAGUGUUUCUGUCAAACAGGCCCUAGGUCCAUACGGAACUAAGAACAUCGGUUUACCUAGACCAAGUAUUCAGCAAAGACCGCUCUUACAACCUUCCAAGGGCUAUUUGCCACCCAUUUUGGGGCCAGCUAACUCGAGGGCCCUUACAACUCAAAGGAUUCCAUUAGCCAAGGCUUUCGUGUAUAAUCAGCAUAAUGGAAUAAGUUACGAGACUGGCGGUCCCCAAACAUUCCCAGGCAUUGGUCUGGGAGAUUACCCAACCCCACGAAGCUCGUGGUGGAGUCAGUAAAUUAAAACCCCUCAAAUAAAAAAUUUCAUUGCUCCGUGGCUAAAAGAAAGCUGUGAUCUCUGCAGCUUGGCAUAAAAGUUGUUUUGUUUAAAUUGAAUUCAAUUUCAGGUUUUUUAAUUUGUCAUCAAAAAUCCGAAGUGUUUACGAGAUAAACAGAAUUUUGAAAAAAUAUAACUCUCAUAUAAUAUUAUACAGGUUUAUAGUAAAGUAUGAAUGUGUAAACUCAUUAUUUAUAUAUUAUAUAUAAAAAAAUAAUUCGUUGUAAAUAUUUUAUUUAAUUUAGUCAUGAUGUUUCCCCAAAAAGUUCAGAUUUGUUUUUAUUUUUUAUUAU